AAGUACAAAAGUACCCCCACUUAAAAAUUGUACUCCAGAUCUCGCGAUGGACGGUGUCGAACUCGACUGCGAAGAUGGCGGUGGCUGACGGACGACGCGAUGACGACGAAGAUGGCGACGUUCUCUUCGAGGAAGAAGGCGUGGACUUCGCUGAGGACAUCGACCAUUUCGAUACACCUAUUCAUCUCCGUCCCCUCGUUUCCGCUGCCGAGUCUGGCGAUCUCAACGCCCUCCGCCAAGCCCUAGGUUUUGAAUAUGUUUUUAAUUUUUUUGUGAUUUUCUUAAGAAGAUGCACGAUUCUAGAUGAAAUUUGUUGUUUUGCAUUGUAUAUUAGAAGAAAUUUGAUGUUUUGGUCUUGCUUUUUGGUUUUUGACUAAUUAAACCUACGCCUAAAGCUUCUUCUACAAAUUAGCUCGUUUUUUGCCAUGGCAAAAGGUAAAGGUAGGAUCUCUGAGUGUAUCUCCAAUGGGGUUUGGAACGUGGGCUUGGGGCAAUCAGCUUUUGUGGGGUUAUGAAAAAUCCAUGGACGCUGAGCUUCAGCAGGUUUUCAAUCUUGCCGUCGAGAAUGGGAUUAAUUUGUUUGAUACAGCUGAUUCCUAUGGCACCGGUAGAUUGAAUGGGCAGAGCGAGAAGCUUCUUGGCAAGUUUAUCCGCGACUUUCCAGGUUCACUCUUCCUCUUUCAGCUUCACUUUAUCUCAGCUUUAAGAAAACAUGGAUUUUGUUGCAACAUUGCUUUUUUGUUUAGUUGAAGUAUGUUAGUGAAGAGUCUAAUACUAGAUCACAAGAUUUUGAUGCAUUCUUGAAAAUGUAAUUUGUAGAUUCUUGAAUGUUUGCAGAGAAUGGAAUUUUGUUUUCUCCAUCCUUAAAUGUAGACAAAAACUUGUGUGCAUCCAUUGGGAAUUUAAUUUGAGGAUCGAUGGAAAUGGUAUUGCAAUGUGGUGAUUUGUUUCUUGUGAUUUCUUUGUUUAAGAACAUGAGGUGUGGAGCUUAGUUUUGAGUUGAAAAAGUAUUCAUGAAUAUUUUGUUGGCAACAAAUUGAAUGAUGUUUGCCUCAGCACUUUAAGGAGAAUAAUCUAUUUAUUGGUGUUUUUGCUGAUUGAGUAUUUGAUUACGCGUAUGGAAAGGGAAUAAGCAGGUGGGGGAUAAGAUAGUGAUUGCAGUUCGAACCUGUUUUCCCAGCUGAUGAUGCGGCUGCCAAACAAGUUGUAAUUCAAGAUGAGGAUGAGAGUUGUGAUGAUGCAGGAGGUGGCGGUGGUGGUGGUGGUGCAGCGGAGUUCUGCGCAACACUCCAACAACGCCUCAACCCUACAAAUAACUCUCCAUCGACUUUCGAUCUCCAAUGAGAAGCUCCAUCGCAUCAAUACUUGGAAGAAGAUAUCCGUCGUCUUCUUCACGGCCGCAGCCGCAAUCGCUGCCACAGUAGCCGCCAUCAAUGCCAAUACCAAUAAGCCGGCGGCUGCUGCGGCGGCGGCGGCCUCCAUCCUGUUAGUCGCGCUCGGGAAAUGGAUCGAUGCGCUUAUGAGGUUGCGUGAGAGCGGCGUGAAGAAGCAGAAGCAGAUUAUCGGCGUCAUGACAAUUGGCGCUAGAAUCACCAUGAAAGAUCUGAGCAACAUUUAUGUAUUGUCUCGCCGGUUGCAGUUCACGAUCGAUUCUAUUUCGGAAACGGUUGCGAUGAUCAAUAAGAGCUUUCAGAAUUUAAGAAGGAAAGCUGACGAGUACCGCCGGAAUUUGAACUGGACUAGACAAGUUGUGCUGCAGAGUAUUGGCGCUCCUAAUAUGGUAAUUAACUAGUACUUUUAUUAUCAGAAAAAAGGAGUGAGAGGUUUGUUAAUAAAUUUCAAAAUAUACUAGUAACUUUACUCUAAUUUUGUUCUUGUUGCAAACUUGGGGCAAAAUUGGAUGAAAUUACUACGUUUUAAUUGGUUAAGUACUUGUACAGUUUUUUAUUUAAUCGGAUAGUGGAUUGAUUUGUAAUUUUUUUAAUUGUUUUUUAUUUGUAUGUGUACUGGGGAUUGAGAUGUCUUGAAAAUAUAUAUUUUUAUGGGAUGCCAA